AUGCCGAAGGUGACGAAGAGAACGGAGCGCGACGCGCGCGAGUUGGUCGACGCCUCGGGCGCGAUCGUCGCCGACGACGCGGACGCGCUGCGACCGGUGUACGCGCCGCUCGGCGCGCCCACGGAGACGCGAAAGGGAACGAAACACGAGUACCGCAAGGUGAACGUCCCGGCGCAUCGGUUCGCGCCGCUCCGAGAGCACUGGAUGGCGCUGUACGAACCGGUGACGAAACAGAUGAAGAUCGACGUGCGGAUGAAUCUGAAAUCGAAAAAGGUGGAGCUGAAGACGACGGAGAGGACGGAGGACGAGAGCGCGCUGCAGAAGAGCGCGGAUUUCGUGCAGGCGUUUCUGCUCGGGUUCGACGUGCAAGACGCGGUGGCGCUGUUGAGGUUGGAUGACUUGUACUUGGAGUGUUUUGAGGUGAAGGAUGUGAAGACGCUGCGGGGAGAGCACAUGAGCCGCGGGAUCGGGCGAUUGGCGGGGAAGAAUGGAAAGACGAAGUUUACGAUUGAAAACGCGACGCGGACGCGCAUCGUCAUCGCCGAUCAGCACAUUCGGAUUUUAGGAUCGUUUCAGAACAUCAAGGUGGCGCGAGACGCGAUUUGUUCGCUCAUCUUAGGCUCGCCUCCGGGCAAGGUGUACUCGCGCUUGCGAGCCGUCACCGCGCGCUUGGCCGAGCGGUUUUAA